AUGCGCGCGAAUCGUAUCUACUCCCCAUCAGCAGCCUCCGGUCUAGUUCGGACUUGUAAACCCCUCCCAACACCUUCCGAGCUAUCUCCCCCCAACACACUUCAGACGGAGUUCACCAGUUGGAGAACGUUUUUGGGUUCAAGCUCAAGCUUUCAAGCCGAGGCACCUCCCCACGAAGCUCGGCAAGCUCUCCUAAGGGCCGUUUGUCCACUCCAGGGUCACAGGAUCACAGUCACGUACACACAGUAG